AUGUCAGAUGCAAUAUAUUUGAAUACAAGAUCAAAAAUUGAUUAUAAGAAAUUACAAAUAGCUGAUGCGCAGUAUAACUCAUCACCCAGUGAUCGAAACUCUUUAAUCCCAACCGGCACCAAGAAUUUAAGAAGACAAUCAAGGGUUUCCUCACCAGUACCAUCAAAAAGUCAACCACCAAAAAGUCUAUCACUAAUCUUAUUUAAUCUGAUCGAAGAAGAGGACCGGAACACAAUGGAGGAACAACAGCAACAAAUCGAAAGUGAGCAUAAAGAUCAGUUAGAAGCAUUAAGUGCCGCAUUUAGCCCAACGAAACAGAUUGAACAGCACCUCUUACAUAAAAUAUUGGAAUUGAUGAAUCCGACAGAAGGAUUAAUAGAGGCCAAUUAUUGGUUUAAUACAAUUGAGAUUAUAUUUCAAAAAUUAAAUUAUCCACAGCUUUGUUGGCCUGAAGAAGCUGCUAAAUGUUUCUAA